UGUUUCUGAAACAGAGGAACUCACAAGAAAAAAAAAAAUCUUUUUUUUUGGGUAAAAUUUUCAUUAAAUAAACAGAUCACGAGUGUCACUUGUGUUCUGCUUCCGUUUCAUUACACACACAAAACAAAAACAGAACAGAACCGAACCGAACCGAGUUUCCUUUUGUUGUUCUCUGUUUCUUGUCUUCAUCAUCCGAGAAUCUUUUAGAGCUUUUCAAUGGCGUCUGAUCUUUAUAUCUUCGGUGGUGGUUCAUCGUCUUCCUCUAUCUGCCGCCAUUCAAGCCCAGAAAUGUUUUCUUCAGACACAACGGUAGCUACAGAUCUUCCAUUUCUCCGCAACAACGACCUUUACCCUUCUUAUCUCGAUGCUCUCAACUCGAUCACCGACAACAGUUACAACCCAGUUGAUGAAUCUCUCUGUCUUUUCGACCAUUUUGCUCCUCCUCUUCUGUCUUCAUCCCCUCCAAGUCACCAGCUCGAAUCCCUGACGCUGUCUCAGCCAAUCCACUCGAAUUCCGCCGUUUUUUCAAAUGGGUUUCAGGAUUUCUCCGGUUUCGGCAUCUCCGAUGUCAAAACGGAGCUGUUCUUCGAUGCCUCUGGCUAUAACCAGACAGGGGCGGCGGCACUAAUGGCGCGAAGCUACAGCGCCGUCGAGAAUGUCGGGAAGUAUAUGCAGAGGAGCUUCAGCAGCAACUCCGUCGAGGCGAAACCCGGUUUCCAGUUCAAUUAUCCUCUGGUGGAGCCAUCAAAUCUCCAUAACCAGACCUUGAGCUCGCCUGAAAACGGGUUUUUAUCUGGUCACAUGCGACGAGUUUGCAGCACGGGAGACUUGCAGAGUACGAUAAGGAAUUUGGCAAGUCAAAGGUCGUAUUCGAGUGAGAACUCGUCGUCUCCAUUCACCGAGGAACCAAACUUCAGAAUUGGACGUUACAGCGUCGAAGAACGGAAAGAGAGAAUCUCCAAGUACAGAGCCAAACGUACCCAGAGAAACUUCACCAAGACCAUCAAGUAUGCAUGCAGGAAAACGUUGGCGGACAACAGACCGCGUAUACGUGGCAGAUUCGCUCGAAACGACGAAGCAGCAGAAGAUACCCUCAAGACCUCUUCUUCUUUUGUGAGGGACGACGACGACGACGAUCUUUGGAAUUUGGAUGAGCAGGAAGCUUUUGUGGGGAGCCUCGUGCAGCAAUACGCAAAUUCCUUGUUGUGAAAUUUGAAACA